AUGGAAACGAAGUACAGAUCUGUCAACGAAACCAAGGCUCAAAUCUGUGAAUUGUUGACCAGCAGAAGAGAGCAAACGUUUUCCCAGGAAUGGAUCAGAAAUGAAGAAGGGUGUUAUUUUAUAUCCACGUUUAAAUAUUACUACAAAGAGGCGAAAGAGUAUUGUUUGAACACCGAUUCUAAACUUCUUGAAAUAAAUUCAGCAGAAGAAGAGGAAAGUGGCUUCGAAAGUCGUGUACAGGAUGUACGAUGAAGACCCCGAAUGCGA